CGCCCAACCGGCUGCCGGGUAUAAAGGCGCCGUUAAGCUCACAGGCAGAUGGGGAAAUAGUCGGUUUCCUUCCUGGCUGGUGGUGUGCAGUACCUGAGAAGAUUUGGCCCUCACUAAAUCAUCACGCCAACCAAGAUUUUUCUUCCCUCAGGUUACCGCGUCGCUCAGAUCAUCCAUCUCUUAAAACCCCGAGCAGCUUUGCCUUAAAAGCCCCACCUGCCUGCUCUUGUUUUACACUGUAACCAAGCCGACCCAAAGCCUUCAUCAUGAUGCAGAUUAGCAGCGACUCAGCCAGCAACAAGCACUCCCUCAUCAACGUCAUGCACCGCUUCAUAGCAGCCGCCAACAACAUGGACGAGACCAUCAUGGUGCCCAGCCUGCUGCGAGACGUGCCCCUGGAGGAGCAGGCGGCCGGGCAGGUGGAGCCCAACAACAACAACAACGACGAGCCGCCCUGUCCCAACAAGCAGAGGGACAUGUACGAGCACUACCUGCUCCUCAAGUCCAUAAAGAACGACAUGGAGUGGGGCCUGCUGAAGAGGGAGAUGAGCAGCGGCGCCAGCUUCCUGGAAAUGGCCGUGAAGCAGGAGGAGCAGAAGCCCGUGACCGGGGAUCUGCUGGUGGACGAGAACUCUGACCUGGAGCAUCAGUUUCACUAUCACCUCAGGGGACUGUUUGGAGUUCUGUCCAAGCUCACGAUGCAGGCGGACCACCUCACCAACAGAUACAAGAGGGAAAUCGGAGGCGGGAACUUCAUGAGAUAGAAGUUUCUGCACAUUUCGUUCUCCUCCUCCUCCGGACUGCUUGACUCGCGACAAUGGGAUGUUUUGUGAAGGGGCCCCCAUCGCUUCCAACAAAGCUCGAUUGAUGGUAAACUGACCAGGACAAGCACUCCAGAAUAGCAGCACUCCAACUUCACUUUUCUCCCUGCCCCCUCCCUCUUCUUAUACCUGAAACCAGUGAAACCUGCGCGUGUCUGUCUGCAGAGGUCGACGCCGAAGUGCACGGUGGAGGUUUACUGAACCCGCUCAAGUCCUGAUGAAGCACAGCUCUGGUUUAUGCAGAACCUCUCUGUGUCUUUUCAUUUCAAAUUUAAAUUUGUCACCAGAGUUUAUGAAUAAAAGGCUUAAGCCUGUAGGAGAUAUUGAAUGCUGGUUAUUCUGUCCCCUCUUGAUUUUUUUUUUUCUUAUUUUUAAACUGUAAUUUUAAAAACUGCUGAGCUGAAGGGCUCUUACCUACCUGCAGACGUUUUAAAUCUUUCCACUUGGUAGUACUGUAACAUGGUGUGCCUUGACUUUCUUUUUGUAUGCCCUGUUCAGUUACCUCCCCAUUGUCUGACUUGACUGCUUCAGUGGUUCAUCAUCAAGGUGUUCACAGUUCAUUUGUUUGUCCUUUUGGAUAUUUCAAAGCCGAUUUUAUAUUGAUGCAGUACAACUGAAAUAAAUAACUAAACUUAA